AUGGCAGCCGUCUCCAAUGGUCAGGUCGAGGCAGUACGAUGCCUUGUGCAGAUGGGCGCCGACCGGAACAGGCCCGACAGCGGCGGUCGUACACCGAUCCUCGAGGCCUCCCGUCUUCGCUGGGCCAAUGUCGUGGAAUGCCUCUGCCAGCUCGGAGCCAACGUCGACCAGGCAGAUCAGCAAGGCAGAGCGCCUUUGCACGUGGCCGUCUGGAACAGCGUCUGGGAUGGACUCACCCAAGGCUCUGUGCGAGUGGUGGACCUCUUGGUGAGGGGCGGGGCCGACAAGAACAAGGCGGAUUGGGACGGCAGGACGCCAUUGUUUCUGGCGGCUUUCCUGGGAUCACUUCCUGUCGUCCGGGCUUUGGUGGAAGCUGGGGCGAAUAAAAGCAAGGCAGAUCCCCAUGGCCGUACUCCACUCAGCAUAGCUGUGUGUGGCUCACAUUUUGCAGUGGUGCGGCUGCUGAUUGAAGAAGGCGCUAAUCGAAACCAAGCCGACUGGUUCGGCCGGACGCCACUUCACGAGGCAGCUCGACAGGGAAACGUUGAGGUUGUGAAGAUGAUGCUGAAGGUCGGCGUUGACAUCCGCAAGGCAGACAACUUCGGAAGGACACCGCUGGACCUGGCGGUUGCAGCCAAUCAUCUCAGGGCAGCGCGAGCGCUGCUCGACAACUACAGCGACCGGGACAGACCGACUUGCAUGCUCGCCUUGCAGCAGAGCCCACUGCAGCCGCCCACCAUGUGCCGCAAAGCCUGGGUUUGA